AUGAUAGGUUCGCUUGACUGCAUACAUUGGCAAUGGAAGAAUUGUCCAGUGGAAUGGCAGGAUAGCUUUAGUGGCAAAUCAAAAAAACCAACAAUUGUUCUCGAAGCUGUGGCAGGUCCCGAUACCUGGAUUUGGCAUGCUUUCUUUGGAAUCCCAAGAGCUCAAAAUGACCUCACUGUUCUUGGAUGCUCCCCUUUGCUUGAUGCUGUCAUAACAGGUCAGUCACCACAUCUUAACUAUUAUGUCAACGUGACUCCUUAUGAGUUUGGGUACUAUCUUACUGAUGGUAUUUACCCUAAGUGGGCGACGUGGGUGCAAUCUAUCAGACAACUUGAGAAUGAACAGGAGAAGUAUUUUUUCACAAAACAGGAGGCGUACCGCAAGGAUGUUGAAAGGGCAUUUGGAAUUCUACAAGCACGAUUUGCAAUAGUUAGGCAGCCUGCAAGAGGUUGGGAUAAGGAUUUAUUAUCGGAUGAGGUGCAAUUCUCCAAGAACAACUCGUCUUACUUUGAUAUUUACACAAGAAACAAACUCCCCACCCAAGAGAACUCUUGA